GGAAAUGGGGGAUCUGUGGACUCAUUGGGUCUUCGUCUUUAUCCCCGCGGCCUGUACUUGUUGGGGCCGGGGUAGAGCCAGAGGAGGAGCCGUGGACAGUGGACCUGCUGCUGCGGAAGUCGUCGGCGUCCAUGGCCGGAGUCGGGGAGGCGCUUGUGUCCGCGGUGCUCAAGGAGGUGCUGCGCAAGCUGGGGUCCGCCGUCGGGGAGCAGGUCACGGCGCGAUGGAAUCUGAGGCAAGACAUGGAGAGCAUCAAGAGCACGCUGGAGCUGGUGCAGGCAGUGCUCAGGGAUGCCGAGAGGCGGUCCGCGAGGGAGGAAGCAGUCAGCCUCUGGCUCAAGAUGCUCAAGAACGCCGCCUACGACAUCUCUGACAUGUUCGACGACUUUGAGGUCAAACUGUCGCAGGGGAUGAUCUCUAGCGCUAUUGCCAAGUUUACUAUGGGUAGAAAGCUGAAGAAUUUGAGGGAAAAGUUAACAAACAUAGCAGCACAGCGGUCACAGUUCGGAUUCAUGCUACACACAUGUUCAACAGACCAUGAAGAGAUCAAGAAGAGAGAAACAACAUCAAAGAUCAAUAGAGCAACUAUCGUCGGAAGGCAGAAAGAGAAAGUGGAGAUAGUAACACUGCUAGCAUCAAAUCGUGAACAGAAAACGUUGGUAAUCCCCAUUUUUGGGUUUGGGGGCAUUGGUAAGACCACACUAGCUAAAUUGGUUUUCAAUGAUGACCAGAUGCAAAAGUUUGAUUUGCGAGCAUGGGUUUAUGUGUCUCCACAUUUUGAUCUAAAAAUGAUCGGCAAAAGUAUUAUUUCACAAAUCAAAGGACAGGUUGAGGGUUUACAUGACCUACAGUCUGUAAGUAAUUCUCUUGAAGAGAUAAUGUGCGGUAGAAGCUGCCUGAUUGUUUUGGAUGACCUAUGGGAGAACAGCUGUUCUCAGCUAACUGAUUUAUUGCAAAUGCUAAGCAACUUUAAGAAGGAAAGCAUGGUUAGAAUUAUUGUAACAACACGAACUGAAGAAGUUGCAAGGAAGAUAGGUACAGUUACACCAUACAGGCUGGAGCCAUUGUCUGAUGAUCAGUGCUGGGCAUUGUUCAAAAAUAUUUCUUUUCUAUCUGGUUGCACGUUAGGAGAAGAUGAAAAGAAUGUAAUGGAAAACAUUGGGAGGGAUAUUGCAAACAAGUGUCAAGGAGUGCCAAUGGCAGCGCAAGCUCUUGGGUUUAUGUUGCGCAACACAUCUGUUGAAGAGUGGGAAAAUGUGAGGGAUAGUGACAUUUGGAGUGGUUCCUCUACCACAGAUGAUGUGCUGCCGUCGCUGAAGCUUAGUUAUUAUCAGAUGUCUCCUUACUUGAAGCUAUGCUUUUCCUAUUGCUCAGUAUUUCCUAAAGGUUUUGAAAUAAACCGGGGUAAUCUAAUUCAACAAUGGAUAUCUCUUGGGUUCAUCCCACCCAGCCCAGAAAAGCACAUAACACUUGAGAAGGUUGGAGAAAACUAUGUAAAUGAGCUUUUGGGAAUGUCGUUUAUCCAAUACUCAAGGCUAACUUCCUUGAGUACAAGGGAGGACACAAAGAACUCUAUGCUGCUUAGAAUGCACGACUUGAUGCAUGAUCUCGGUAGAUCUGUUAUCGGUGAUGAAUUACUUCUCGUGGAUGGUGAAAAGGAAUACAAUUCUAGCAAUCACAACUACCGAUAUGCAUUGGUACUGAAUCAUGAGGCUCAAAUGGCUGUCUGCAAUGAUGAACCUGCUAAAUUAAGAGCUCUGCAUUUUUCUGAAUGUCCUGAAAUUCAACUGUCCUUGCUUAGUAAAUCGUUGCGUAUCUUGGAUUUAGGCAAGUGUCCCAAAGGAAACUUACCAGCAUCUAUUGGGAAAUUGAAGCAGCUGAGGUACCUUAGUGCUCCUGAUAUGCUACAUGAAAAGGUUCCCGAGCAUGUCACUAGCCUUCCGAAGCUAAUCCACUUGAAUAUGAGUGGCUCUAUCAAAAUCUCAACGCUGCCAGACUCGGUAGAAAAACUCAGAAACUUGCUACAUGUAGACUUAUCUGGGUGCUGUAACCUCUGUUCAUUGCCAGAAUCAUUAGGUGACUUGAUGAACCUCUCACAUCUAAACCUCUCAAAUUGUUCUCUCCUCAAUACUUUGCCCAAGUCAGUGGGAAAACUCAGAAGCUUGCUACAUCUAGAUCUUUGUGGUUGUAGUGGCCUUUGUUCAUUGCCAGAAUCAUUUGGCGAGCUGGUAAAUUUAUCAUAUUUGGAUCUGAAAAAUUGUUAUGAUCUUAGUUCUUUGCCCAAGUCUUUUGGAAGGCUAUGUGGACUUCAGUAUUUGAACUUGUCAGGUUGCUUGAAACUAAAUCUAAAGGUUGAUAUUGAGACUGUCUGUUGUCUUACUAAGCUACAGUACCUAAACCUGUCCCAUUGUCCGAGUCUCAUGCAUAUACCUGAAUCUGUCAACAAUCUAAAAAAUCUCCAUACUUUAGAUCUCUCUAGAUGUGACUGGAUUGAGAGAUUUCCAAAAAGACUAUGCGGGAUGGCCAGCCUCAAGUUUGUGCUAAUACAAGGAUGCUCACCCUGGCUGCAACAGCGUGUUAGGGAGUCUCAGUUUAAGAAUGAUAUGCUAACAUUACCCAAGUUUAUCGUUGAAAGAACAGCUUCAGGCGUGUCCAGCAAUAUUUCCCUCCUCCAAACUGUACGUCCUGGAGAGCUUGAAAUCGAAUGCCUUGAAAAUGUGACUAGUAUCGAAGAAGCAGCUGCAGUAAAUUUGGCAGACAAAUCAGUACUUGUCAAACUGGUAUUGGCGUGGACACCAACAGUUGGCCGUGUUGUGGAGGAUGAGGGCUUACUCCGAGAACUCAAGCCUCCUGGAAAUCUAAAGAUUUUAAAAGUACAAGGCUACAUGGGAACUUCCUUUUCUGGAUGGAUUAUGAACAUGGCAUCAUGUCUACUGCAUCUUGUUUGCAUUGAGAUGGUAGAUUUACCGAGAUGUGAGCAUUUACCGCCAUUUGGCCAAUUACAAAAUCUAGAGCAAUUGACUCUAAAGAGAAUGCCUAUCUUCAGGAAAUUGGGAACUGAAUUUUGUGGGGGAAGUGGAGCAUUUCAGAAAUUAAGAGAGUUCACACUGAUAGAUCUUGAAACUCUGGAGGAAUGGGUCACCAAGGUUUCAGCAAAUGGUGAGUUCAUGUUCCCCAAUCUUCACAAGCUGGAAAUUUGUCGCUGCCCUAGACUAAGGUUGAAACCAUGUCUUCCUAGAGCAAUUGAGUGGAGAAUUCAGGCGAGCGAUGAAAUUAUAGCAACUAAAUAUGCUGCGGGCUCAUCAUUCUCUUUGACGCUAUCAAAACUGCAUGUUGCAGACUGCCACCUUCAACCCAAAAGAUGGGCACUGUUCGAAUACCUCCCUGCUCUUGAGAUACUGGAAAUUUCAAACUAUCAAAAUGAAAAACUGCCAGACAGCUUGGUUUUCUUGGUAUUACUGCGGUCACUGAAGAUAGACUCCGAUAACAAUCUAGAACAACUAUGCGAUUGGUUAGUAUUUCUUUCUGCAAUUUCUAGUGACCAGGGGCUCGCGGUUUUCCCAUCACCGAACCUUACUGCAUUGGAGAAUUUGGAAAUCAGUCGUAAUGAUGAAUCACAAAGCUGGUGCAAGAUGCAGGGUAGAUGGACCUUUCAGAACGUCAAAAACAAGCCGACAACUUUCUUUGAACGAGAAUUAGCCAAUAUCCGGAAGAAGGGAGAUCAAUCCCUCAUCAGCUAUAUCAGUGCGGUCAAGCAGCUCGCCGACACCUUAACUGCCUUUGGGCAUACCCUUCGUCAUGAGGAAAUCAUCCGGCUCAUCCUCAAGCACCGCCUCGGUUUGGAGGACCGCACCGUCAUCAUGUCAAUCACCAGGCGGUGCGAUGACAUCACACUGAACGAUCUCUAUGCUCAUCUGAGACAUGUGGACGGAUCUUCACUCUCUGACAAGAGUCAGGUCUCUGACGACAUUGAGUUCACUGACUUUGACAAUGAAAGCUACCACGGAUCAGAUUGCAUGGAUCAACAGAUUACAUUAAGGUAAGACUCAGGAGGCCUUCGGCCACAUUAUCAUCCCUUCAUCAGCGACCUCGGGGAGAUGAGCAUCGGAGUGAAAUUCGCCGGGAUUUCGCAAACUGCAAGUGGGUCAGGAUUGAACAACGAUGGAGCCGCUUCUUGGAUGAGAGGGCAAGGGCGGCCACAACUCCUUUCCAUCUAGCGAAAAAUCCAAGCAUGUCUUCACCAACGUCGAGUUGUUGCCCAAGGAAUGGUGCUGGGAUUCCAUCCUCUGAAUUCUGAUACUGGCCAUCGAGUUCAUGCCUGGUUAUGCAUGUUACACGGCUGGCAUACAUGCCAAACACCCACUCUGCUACAUAGGGCCUCACAGUACAGUAACGGUUCGAAUUGUAAGGACAUUUGAAGAAAUGCUAAUGAAGACUUAAGCCCCCCCCCC